AUGGCUCCUCGCCCGCCGACCCCAUCCACAAUCCCCUCAAAGCUGACCGUCAAUUUCGUUCUUUCGUACAAUUCCGUGUUGUCCGGCAAAGAGUGGACGAAGUUCUAUUCAUCUUUUGGUGGCCAGAAAAAGUCUAGGGUCAGGUUGAUUGUCGUUGCAUUUACCAACACGCCGAAGUUUAGGAAAGUCAAAGCUGAGGGUGGAACUGUUAUAACUGAGUAUCUUGAGACUAAAAGGGAUCGAUGGCUUAAUAAUUAUAGCCAAUCUGGAGAUCGUUGGCGAGCAGUGGCGGCACUGGAGAUAGGUGGUGUUCGGCCGUUGACUUGGUAUGGAGAUUGCAGGAAAGCGGCAGCCCUGAGGACGGGGAAUUUAGUGACUGAAUUCGAGCAUGGAUUAAAUUCCACCCAGAUUUUACACGGAAACGUUCAAAGAGAGACACCUCUCAGCUUCGGGCGGAUGGCGAUGGCGCGGCUACAUCGUGCUAUAGCUGGCUGCCCGGACUGAGGGAGGCAAAAUCUCAUAUAUAGGUGGUUUUUUAGGGUUCAUCUGAUUUUGUAAGAAGAGCCGAUGAACCGUAAUUUCAAAUCUCUGGCCAGGGCCUGCCGUGCAGUUUUGCCGGGGCAUCUGCGACAUGCGACCAGCGUCUUUUCCCCGGCUUUUGCAGUGAUGUGAUUGCCGUAAAUUGCGGUUGACCACGUCAAAUGGGUUUGUUGUUUCCUGAAAGGCGGUGUGAAUUUUUACUAUGCUUUAGCAGUGUCAUUCUUUAUAAAUUUUUCCGUACCCUAUGCUCUAUUUUUUCACUUAUUAUGCAUUUAUUGUGUUUUAGUUGUGUUGGCUGGGGGGCUGGGGCAUUCUUAAUUUGUGUGUGGGGGAUUUAAACUGCUCACAUAGUUUCUUUAUCUUUAAUUUCUUCCUUGUCGGGUGGAAGUUGUUGUUUGGCAAUUUGCCUGAGUGUUUUGUUUGUGUUGCUUGCCUAUUGUACAUCAUAGAUUCUUUUUUUACCAAUGAUUUGGGGCAUUUUAUAGGUUCUGCAUUGUUCAGGAAAAGACAAGGUUUUACAGUAAGGUUUGAUUUUCGUGAUCCUGAACUUUGUGUUUGAAUUAGAGGAUUACAUUUCUUAUGUCCAAGUCAGGAUGUGCUUACGGAACUAUACACCCAUUUUUAAUGCAUUGGAUUUUUGUAUCAUCGCUGGGGUUUUGGUUUGCCCUGUUCGAUCAUUUUGCGGUUCAUUUUCUUUUCAGUUUAUGGAGCGCCUUUGUUUUAAUUGGUUCAUUGAGCUACUAAAUUUUUAUGUUUGGGAUGGCAGUUUAGGACUAUGCCUACACUUUAGGAAGUUAGAUUCGGUUGCUGGUAUCUCAGCUACUGCUUUAGGUGAUGUUGUGACUGGCAGAGUGAAAUUAGAGGACGAACUAAUAAUCAUAAUCAGUAAAAAUGGGCAUGUUGUUAUUUCAGGAGGGGCAAUUUAGGGCCUUGGGUAGGUGGCGUAUGGUGGUAGUCUGAAAGCAACUUUGAGGCUUUUCUCGACUUUUGGGAUUUCAGUCAUGGAUUGGCAUGG